AUGCCAGACCUCACCCUGGCUUCGCGCGGUCAGUUGGACGGCUCUUUGUGCGUCCCGUUUGCCCUGAUUACGCCCUGCCCCCCAUUUGUCCCUGCAGUCGCCGGCGCCAAGCCAGGAGCUCGUGCUCGUGCACCAGCAGCUCGACGAGAAGGGCUUCGGUCAGGUCGAUGGAGCCGGGCCGGUGGCCAAGGGCUUGCUCACGGGUCUGCGGGAGGCGUUCAUGGCGGUGAGCAAGACCGUGGAGGCCUCGCGGCCGCCCGUGGAGCGGCACAGGGCCACGCUCGAGGCCUGCCUCGAGGACGUCGCCCGAGCGGACGGCGCCGAGGCCGAGAGGACACAUUAUUGCGAGAAGGUCGAGGCGAUGUCGCAGGGCGGCGCGUCGCCGAAGGAGCGCUCGCCAAGCUGGAGCGCAACCGCGCCAAGCUGCAGCAGGCCGAGGCGGCCGCCUGCGCGGCCCAGGCGAGAGCGCAGGUGUCCCUCGACAACAUGGAGGCCAGGAGAGAGACUCUCUGCGCGCUCGCCUCCGACGUGGUCUCCAGCACUCUGCUCGCCCUGAGGGCCUCGACGGCGCGGGUGCCGACCGCCAGCAGCCAGGAGGCAGACAGCGCGAAGUCAGACGUUGCCGCCAUGCACGUCUCCCAGUCGACGCCGGAAGAGCCGCCGCCCAGGGCGACCACUCAGGAGGGCCCGCCCGGCGCCGCGCCCACGGCCCUCCCAGGCCCGAACCCGUUCAGCGCCGACGUCGGCCGCUGCCGGAGAUUGGACCUGCCGCCGCCGGAGAGGCUCGAGGGUGCCUGCCGCUCGGACCCACGGGCGACGAUGGGACCAUCGAUGGCCUCGUGGACAAAUUCCCAAGGCCCGCCGCCCGGGUCGGUGCUCCGGCCGCCGGAGGCCGGCGCGGCGCGGGCCCGGAUGGGGUGCGCCCCCCCGCGGUGCCUGCAGCUCCUGCCGUGCGCCCGGCUGCGGUGA